AAAGAUGAAUUCUAAACACGAUGUUAUGUUUAAACAUCGUUCUGCCUCUCCUCUUCUUGCUCCAGUAUUUGUGUGAGUGUCAGUUUGAUGAAAAUGUGAAGUUCAAAACGGCCAUCAACGAGGAGGACCCCGAGAAGAUGCGCCUGCAGCCGAUCGGCCGUGACAAAGACGGUCAGAUGUACUGGUUUCAUCUGGACCAGGGUGACAACGUGCGCGUUUACGUGGAGGAACAGGACGACGCGGACGGCUCGUCGUGGAAGUGCAUCGUCAAAGAUAGAAAUGACCUGGCUGAGGUCGUGGCGCCUAAGACGCAGAUUGACCCCGCGCUGUUAAAAAAAGAUCAAGAAAAUAAACCUGAAGGGGAAGAAGGUGAAGUAAAGAAGAUUGAAGACUCAUCAGAUGAAGAGAACAAAGACUCCAACAAGGCCGUCUGUCCAGUCUCACCAAAGACGGAGAGCGAUGAAAAAGUAACACAGAAAGACGACUUGAAAUCAGAAACGUCCGACGACAAAUCGUCCUUGAAUGGUAUCAUUGAAGGCAAAGCUGAAGCUGAGCUCGGUUCAGAAAAGCCUGAAGUGGAUCUCAGCAUCAGUACAAAAGCCCAGAAUAUCAAAGAAGAGCCGAUGGAGGUGUUGGACACUAAAACAAGCUCAGCAACGAGUGAACCCGCCUCUGAGACGCCUUGUAUAUCAGUGAAGGCAGAAAAGGGAGAGGAGGCCAAGAAGAGCAGCGCGGAGGAGAUUCAACAAGCUCUGAAGAACGACCAACAGGCCAAGAUCCCUCUGAAGAAGAGAGGAAUGAAGUUCAGUGAAGACUUUGAAAAAAACAGUGGAAUCAUAGUGCAAAACCCGUCUGUUCCUCAACUCAAGGAAGCUCCUAAAGCGGACCCGACUCCCGAGCAGACCAAGAAAGCACCGAGUGUAAAUGAUCACGUUAAUGGUGAAGUUGCAUCAGAGAAAAGUCUCCAGGGUCGCUCGUGCGCCGUCGUCGAUAAAGAGCAGACGGCUGAACCAGCUGCAGGUAAAUCUGUAGAAAAGAGAGACAAUGAUUCUCCAUCCACAGAGAAAAAGGAUGAAGCAGAGAAGAUGACGGAGGGAGUUUCAUCAGAGCGAGCAGACUCUGGCACAAACAAUCCAGAUAUGCACGUAGAAAAGGAAAGCGCUGCAUCAAAGGAAAAGAAAGAAGCUUUGCUUUUACCUAAAGACGUCAAAAACGCACCUGAGAAGUCGUCUAAUCGUGAAUCCAAACCAUCAGCUGCAGAAGAGUCUCGUUCAGUCGACAGGCCGUUAAAGGGAACUGAUCAAACAUUAACAACUGGUGAGUCAGAGAAAGUCACAUCCAAAGAAGUUGAAUCAAAAGAUUCACAGGAAAAACCAGCCAGUGUAGACGAAUCACAGUCGAGUAAGACUGAAGAAACCAAGAAGUCAGAACAUGUAAAAGACCUGAAGCAAGCAGAAACAAGUGAUGCUAAACAAACAGCAACAUGUGAAGCGAAAGAAAAGCCAGGAGUCAUCAAAACAGCAGACAAAGAUCCUGCAAAGAAAUCUGCAGACUCUGAAAAAGCUGCAUCAACAUCUGUCAUCACGACACGGAAAGACAGAGAGAACACGGAGACCCACGAAGCCACACGAAGUCCUACGAUCGUUAGAAAGAGCGACAAACCAGGAAUCGGUGAGAAAUCAGGAGCAUCCAACACUAAAGAGAGUGCAGAGUCUUCUGUCAUUAGAAAGCUGGAGACAUCAUGUAAACCUGUCGAGAAGCACAAUGAAGAUGCAGAGAUGAAGCCAGAGAAAGCAGCUGCAGCCUCCGAGACUAACGCAGAAAAGGCGGACAAGACGGAAGAGACUAAAAAGCCUGAAGAUGUAAAGAAAACUGCCAACUGUGAGGACAGUGUGAUGCGUGAUGUUUCCCAGAAGAGGGACUCUGCGCCCGGGCCUGUGGAGGUAGAAGCAGUGGUUGUUAAUCCUGAUCUGACAAAACCACAAGAGGAUGACAAAACUGAGAUUAACUCGGUUGCACGUAAGGAAGUGACAGAGGAAGCAUCUGAAGGGAAAGAUGAGCCGUCCAGCUCUGUUGGGAAGACAAGCGUCUCUAAAGAACCUCAAAGAUCAGACACAGAUCAGGAAAAAGAGCCUGAAGAUCAGCCUAAAAACAUGGAGGCAGAGCGUCUGUCGUCAGAGAGUACAGAGGAUGCAGACAAGAAAAAGGACACAGACAAGACAAAGGGCACAGACUUGGAAAAGAAAAAGGACACAGACAAGACAAAGGGCACAGGCUUGGAAAAGAAAAAGGACACAGACAAGACAAAGGGCACAGACUUGGAAAAGAAAAGGACACAGACAAGACAAAGGACACAGACUAAGGACACAGACAAGACAAAGGACACAGACUUGGAAAAGAAAAAGGACACAGACAAGACAAAGGGCACAGACUUGGAAAAGGACACAGACAAGAAAAAGGACACAGACUUGGAAAAGAAAAAGGACACAGACAAGACAAAGGGCACAGACUUGGAAAAGGAUACAGACAAGAAAAAGGACACAGACUUGGAAAAGAAAAAGGACACAGACAAGACAAAGGGCACAGACUUGGAAAAGAAAAAGGACACAGACAAGACAAAGGGCACAGACUUGAAAAAGGACACAGACAAGACCAAGGACACGGACUUGGAAAAGAAAAAGGACACAGACAAGACAAAGGACACAGACUUGGAAAAGAAAAAGGACACUGACAAGACCAAGGACACAGACUUGGAAAAGAAAAAGGACACAGACAAGACAAAGGGCACAGACUUGGAAAAGAAAAAGGACACUGACGAGACCAAGGACACAGACUUGGAAAAGAAAAAGGACACAGACAAGACAAAGGGCACAGACUUGGAAAAGAAAAAGGACACAGACAAGACAAAGGACACAGACUUGGAAAAGAAAAAGGACACAGACAAGACAAAGGGCACAGACUUGGAAAAUAAAAAGGACACAGACAAGACAAAGGACACAGACUUGGAAAAGAAAAAGGACACAGACUUGGAAAAGAAAAAGGACACAGACUUGGAAAAGGACAAGGAAAAGGGCACAGACUUGGAAAAGAAAAAGGACACAGACAAGUCAAAGGGCACAGACUUGGAAAAGAAAAAGGACACAGACAAGACAAAGGGCACAGACUUGAAAAAGGACACAGACAAGACCAAGGACACAGACUUGGAAAAGAAAAAGGAUACAGACAAGACAAAGGGCACAGACUUGAAAAAGGACAAGACAAAGGGCACAGACUUGGAAAAGAAAAAGGACACAGACAAGACAAAGGGCACAGACUUGGAAAAGAAAAAGGACACAGACAAGACAAAGGGCACAGACUUGGAAAAGAAAAAGGACACAGACAAGACAAAGGACACAGACUUGGAAAAGAAAAAGGACACAGACAAGAAAAAGGGCACAGACUUGGAAAAGAAAAAGGACACAGACAAGAAAAAGGACACAGACGAGGAAAAGCUUGAAAAGGACAGUGAGAAACGCCUGUGUCAAGAUGAAGAAAAUAAAGAGGAUUCCACAACAGAGAAACUCUCAAAAACAGAUGAAACGAAAAAGGAUAAAUGUGCUGAUGAAGCGAGUGAAACCUCGACCAAAAUGGAAACGUCUGGUCCGGAAAAUGUGAGCAAAGACAGCGACUGCAAAGAAGCUGAUGGUAAAUCCUCAACUGAAGCGAAGAAAGCGGACGACCCAAGCAAAGAAGCGGACCUCGCAAAGCUCGCUGACGAGGAAAGUAAAAGCAAAAGCGAAGAAGAGGACUCUGCAACAAAGAAAGAGGUGGCGAACUGCGGGGAAACUCCGACUUCCCGACGGAAACGUAAGCGCCCAGCGCACCGGAGGAAAGCCGUGCUGCAGAGAGAGAAGAGACUGCCGGAUUCAGAGUCCGAUACGAACACAGGGCGGUCUCUCCGAAGAUCGCCGAGGAUCUCCAGACCAACACCGAAGGCGGUAGAGAUCCACGACAGGAAGCUGGAGAGAUCUGCUCCUCCGGCUGAGAAGUGCGAGGACGACAAGGGUGAGAAAGAUGAGGAGGAGGAAGAGGAGGUGAAAGCUGUUCAAAGGAAACCAAGAGAGAAAAAGACGGAUCAGGAGGGUCAGCCCAAAUCUAAGGGGAGGAAGAGACGGAGGGUUCGGUGGUCAAACACACGAACACGCCGUAAAAAGAAAGGCUCCGAAGACAGCUGCGAGGAGUCCAGCGAGGAAGAGGAGAGCGAGGAAGAGGACGACAGCGACGAAGACUACAAGGUGGAGCGAGGCAAAAGGAGGCGGAAUCGCAACCGAGAGAGACGAAGCUCGGACUCCUCGACGUCCACCGACGACGACUUGCCUCCGAAUGACGACCCGUGCAAACAUUGUGGUCUUCCAAAUCACCCCGAGCUGAUCUUGCUGUGUGACUCGUGUGACAGCGGGUACCACACCGCCUGCCUGAGGCCGCCCCUCCUGAUCAUCCCCGACGGAGAAUGGUUCUGCUCUCCCUGUCAACACAAGCUGCUCUGUGAUAAAUUAGAAGAGCAGCUCCUAAAUCUUGACGCUGCUUUGAAAAAGAAGGAACGCGCCGAGAGAAGGAAAGAGCGUCUCAUUUAUGUUGGAAUCAGUCUUGAGAACAUCAUCACGCCCUCAGUGGAGGAAGAAAAGCCAGAGAUCAUCAUCAAAGAGAAGAAAGAAACGAAGCGCAGUAAGAGCUGGGGUCGAAGGUCAACGAGGACGAAGAAAUCCAUCAGCUACAGAUUUGAUGAAUUUGACGAAGCGAUCGAGGAGGCGAUUGAAGAAGACAUCAAAGAAGCGGAGGGUGGUGGAGCUGGUCGCGGUAAAGACAUGGCCAACAUCACAGGGCACAGAGGAAAGGACAUGUCCACCAUCCUUCAAACAGAUGAGGGUAAGGAGAACGGCAAGCCGCCACGCCCCCCCGCAGGUCAGCCCAGGAAGAAACGCCGGCGACUCAACGACCUGGACAGCGACAGCACCGUGGACGAGGAGGAGAGUGAGGAAGAGUUCCGCAUCAGUGAAAGCUCUGAAGAAGAGUUUUUCGUGUCGGAAAAUGACUCCGAAUGUGAAUCGGAGAUCGACUCCAACAGCAGCGGCAAGCAUCGUAAACCUUCGCGGCGCAAGAAGCCGCCGAAACGACGACGGAGCGGCAGGAAGCGGCGAAGACCGAGAGGCUACUCGGACGACGAGGAGGAGGAGACAGACGAGGAAGAUGAAGAUGAAAUGGCGACUGAAGGCUCCAGCGAGUACAGCGACAGCGAUCUGGACAUGAGCCGGCGGCGUUCUCGGCGCAGUAGGAAGGCGCAGGUGAACUACCACGAGACGUCCGAGUCCGAAGGCUCUCAGGUGGAAACCAACCGGACCAGAAUGAAGCCCAGACCCAACAUGGACAGCUCCGACACAGAGGCGAGUUUCUCCAAAGACUCUGAGGAGGAGUCGAAGGAGCGGAAGGUGAAGAGGAAAGCCGACUCCUCAGAGGACGAUUCCCGGGACCGGCGCCGACGUAUUGCUUUAAAACGCAGGAGAGCCUCCGAGGACUCGGACUCAGACUCUGACGAAUCGUCGGAGGAGGAUCGCCCCAUCCGUAAACGCGUGAACCGCAUCGACUCGGACGACUCUGACGAGGAGGAGGAGAAGAAAGAGAAGGAAGAAAAGGAAGAAGAGGAGGGGGAGCAGAAGGAGGAGGAGAAAGCAGCUGAAAAGCCAGACGAGGAGUCAAAGGGAACAAACCCAGUGGACUGCAAGCCGGUGGAGCUUCCACCUACCAACGGACAGAGCCCGAUAAAGAGCCUCGAGGGCCUCGUCAGCCGGCCCGCCGCCGCCGCUGCUCCAGGCCUCACUACAAACCCAGAGGCUCCCAAAAACAUCAGCGCCACACCGGCCGCUGCCACGGCACCAAACGGCCUGGCUGGCCAGGAGAUGGCGGCGCAGGACGAAGACGAAGACGACCUGUUAGGAGUCACAGACCUCGUGGACUACGUCUGCAAUAACGAGGAUUUGUAAAACAAAAACAAAACGGUGUACUGUUUCAUUUUUUGUGGUAUUGUAUUUUUAUAUUGCUUAACUUUAUUAUUCCCUCCCCCACCAACACUUCCUCGUCGUCCUUUUUAACACCUGGACCGUCUGACGCUGUCCCUGUGGGAUCGUACUACAAACAAGGGCGCCAAACUCAACUCUCAUUGUUUGCUGAUCCGUUCUCGCCGCAUCCUCCAGCUCUACUGCCAAACCGCCUCUGUAAACGCUCACGUCUCCUCGCAUCGCCCCCCGUUCUUCAUUCUGUUGCAUCAAAGAUUUAAAAAUGUUUUCCUGGCAUUGAAACAGUUUAAUGUGUCGUCAGACGGCUGUUUGAGUUCUGAGCCGCUGGGACUGUGAAGAUAUAAGUCAUUCCAUUAUCGAUUUAAAGUUCUGGCCGUCUGUUUUACAUAACGAGUAAUAGUUUGACAUUUUGGGUGAAGUCUGUAGGUUAUCUGUAAUGUGACCCGGGAUUUACAUCAUUUAUCAAACUUCAGUAGACUUCAUCAGCACAUUUACAUUUAUUAAAUCAACAAAUAAAAUGCAAUAUUAGUUAAUAUCAUAAAAUAAUAUAAGUAAUCAUGACUCAUCGUCGUCCAUAUAACGGCAGAUUGAGUCGUUGAGCGUUAGUGGUGCGGGUCGGUGCAUGUUGUUAGCCAGGCUAGCUGUUUCCCUCCGUUUCCAGUCUUUGUGCUAAGCUAAGCUAACCGGCUGCACGACUUCUAUAACGCUCCGAUACGUGCCGAUAUAUCGAACUCCUGAAAUCCAGUCAUAUUUCCCGAAAUGUCGAACUUUUACUUCAAACUAUUCUGGCUUUUAUGUUUUUACACAUUUGUGAAAGCUGUAGAUGAAACCUUCUAGACUAAUAACUAGUCGACCCCCCCCCCCCCCCCCCCCACAUUUAGUUGAAUGAUAGAGUAGCUUUUGUAUAUUGAACACAUAUCUAAUUAUUUGACCUGCGCUGCCAUCAGUGUCUGUGGUGAACCCUCUGUUCAUGUAAUCAUGUAAACAUCAUCCCUCCUAAUCUAGUGUCCUGUUAUUACCUUUAUGUGAUUUCUGUUUUUUAAUAUUGUAUUUUUUUGUAUAUCUAAACUUUUAAUUGUUGUUUCUUUGAGCGAAUGUAAAGUGUCUUAUUUUCUUUGUACAUUGUCCUUCAAAAACCUGCAAAGCCGCAGCUUUUUAUUAACACUACGCUCCAAAACGCCCCCCCCCCCACCCCCCGUCGUGUUUCCAUCCACAUCAUCUGUUUCUGGUCACCUUGAGGUUGCAGUAAGCCGCCCGACUUCCAACACCCCAAAACCAAAUCGAGAUUGUGAAAAAUAAGAAAUUGUCAGGAUGCAGUUUUUGAAUGAGGGAAAUGUACAGAAAAACAAAACCAACCAAUGACGUCGCGACCUCUGCUGGAACCAGUCUGUGUGUAUAUCUGUCGUUUCUUUUGCUGUAAUAUAUUUAGAGGCAUUUUUUUUUUUUAAUCAUGGAAAAAUAUAUUGGGCAAUUCUUUGGGAUUGCAUGUUUCUAUUAGUUUUCUUUUUGUAGGGAAGUAAAAUCAGCACAACGGUUGUUUUUUGUAACAAAACAAGAAAACUUUGGCAUGUUUUUAAAAGAUCUGCUGAGCUGUUGAAGUAGGAAAUCACAGAAAGCUCGGAAAGCAUGCGCUGACCUACUAAAGGCAUGUUACAGAAGCGUGGGGGGGGGGGGAGGACGGAUUAUCAUAUAAAGUAAUCUAGUACAGCAGAAUCUGAUUUUAAGAGCGAAGCCUGUUUGUAAAAUAUUUUGUAAAUUAGUCUCAGCAUGGUCUUCACAGAGGAAAAACCACUCUAUUUAUCAUACCGUUUUGAUACCGGCGAUGGCCAAGACAUGACUUUCCGAGACAAAAAACCCGAUAAGUGCUGCUCGCGGUGCGCACAACUUGGGCCUCUAUACACAAAUAUUUAGCUUUUAGAUUUAGCUGGACAGAAUAUAGUAAACCCAACUCCACAAAUGUACAAAUAGAAGUGUGUUUUCUGGUGGGUUGAGUCAAAGGAAUGUGGAUGUCUGUGUGCUGUAUGUAACCCUGUUUUUAAAUGCUCCACAGAGAUAUGGAGAGUAUUAAUAUGUAUCUCACGGUUAUGAAAUAACCUGUAGCAACACCUGCAGAGAAGAGAAGCGCGCGCAGAGAAAUAAAAAGGCUGCGAUGGGAUUCAAGUCGGUGCCAAUGACUGAAGUGUUAACAGAGUUCACUAUUUACCUCAUGAUGAAUCUGGGAGGAACGACGCCCUGUCCUGUUUAUAGAUGCUAGUAGACUGGUUGUUGGUGUUUUGUCUGCUCCUUACAUUUUUUGUUAACUUUACUGUUAUUUCAUAUGAAUCUGAUCUUGUACAUUUGUCAUAAUAAAAUGGGUUUCAAGCCUCA